GUUUGCCCUUGAAUGGAACGUGUCCAUUCGUGUCAAUCUUUUUUUCGCAUCUGGCCGGGUAUCCUCUGUUGUGAUGCAAGCUUUCUCUUGCUUUUCGUCUCAGAAAUAGUCUUACUUGACGGAAUGGGCGGCUCAACUUUCAUUGCAAAGAUGUGUUGAACUAAUCCGAGAGCUGGGUGUUUUUCGAUGUCCAUUCAGCCGUUUCUUGCACCGGAGUUUUUUAUUCUUUUAUGCGGCCUGUUUCAUGUGUUGUCUAUUUUUUUUUCAGUUACAAUGAUGGCGUCUACAAUUCAAUCGAAAGUAGAUUUUCAUUGGGGCCGUCCCUCUAGACUUAUGCUCAUUGCCUUUGAUUCAGCUCACCAGCUUUCACCAAUUUUCAGCAAUCGGGCCAUACCGAAAACACCUUAUCAGCCCUCUAGUCGACUAAUAUAUUGGUGUACGACAGUUGUGUCUUCAGAAACCGCUAUUCAUCUAUGGGCUGUUUGCCCAAAGUUCAAAGCCCUAAAGAAUCGAUCAUUGCAUCGGAUAUUUUGUGCCAUGCCAAGAGUCGAUUGCUCUCGGGUCCAGCUCUUGUCUCUUUGAUGGGGAUUGGUUCGAUCAACGGUCGUUUCUACUCUGUCUAGCAGAAACAAGCACAAUAUCUGAUUUGUGGUCUAUAUUCAGAAAUGCUUUUCUUGAAGCGAGGUCUCUUAUGAGACCGACUGUACACGAGACCUUGUACAAGCUCUUGUAUAAAGGUUGUGUAAGCUUUUGCACAAGCCCUCUUGCGC